AUGAAGGUCUCGACACCACAUGUUUCCCUAAUCUGCCCUCCCCAUGUCCUCGCCUGCCGCCCCACGUCCUUGCCUGCCCCCUGCCCCCACACGUCCUCGCCUGCCGCCCCACGUCCUCGCCUGCCACCCCACGUCCUCGCCUGCCACCCCACGUCCUCGCCUGCCGCCCCACGUCCUUGCCUGCCACCCCACGUCCUCGCCUGGCGCCCCACGUCCUUGCCUGCCACCCCACGUCCUCGCCUGCCGCCCCACGUCCUUGCCUGCCCCCUGCCCCCACACGUCCUCACCUGCCGCCCCACGUCCUUGCCUGCCACCCCACGUCCUUGCCUGCCACCCCACGUCCUCGCCUGCCGCCCCACGUCCUCGCCUGCCCCCUGCCCCCACACGUCCUUGUCUGCCCCCCCACCAGUGUAUGUAAUGUAA